CCACCUCUCAACAAUUUGUCGGCAUCAUGACCGAAGGCUUACCUCGGAUGACCUUCGAGGAGUUUCGAUCCGGUCUUUACGCCAGCCAUGGUGCCCCUUCGAUUGCGGGAAGUGUUGAGUAUAUAAUUGCAAAAAAAAAAAUGUACAACAAGCCUUCCUCUUUUCAUGUAUAGUUAAGAAACGAUGACUAUCCCUUGUGUUUAAACUAAGCACCGUCCUCUUCACUUGUCUUUUUCAAACAACGCAGCUAACGUUCUGAGCUCCCGCCAUCACCUCGCCUGAUCCCGGGGGUUCAGAGGUGUCCAAAUCAGCAGAUCCUACUUGCCCUCCGUGCCGAUUGACCAGACCGGGAGAACCCACGGUUUCGCACUCGCGCCUCUCCGGCCCAGACCGUUCCGGCACGCGUGCAUUCUUGUUGACGCUAGCCACAAUUCUUCCCCAGCGCUACUCCACUACUUCGGCCACGCUUGGAGUUGGACUCCAUUGACUGACCUGACCACAGGUCCACAGCACACCAGCCGCCAUGCAUGGGCACCACGAGAUCAGCUCCAGCAGCGGAGGCAGCAGCCCGACCUCCCUCUCCGACCCCUCCGUCGACAGCGACGACGGCUCCGCCACCACGGACGAGUACUGCCCCGACGAUCCGCGCGAGUUCCGGCGCCACGUCUCCUUUUUCUCCCCGUCCGUGCUCGCCGAGGUCGAUCCCACCAGCUUCCGCCCGAUCACCCCGUCCUUCUCCUGCGUCCUGGCCGACGUCGACAAACACCUGCAGCGCAUGGUCCUCCUCCUCCCCGCCUUCUCCGCCGCCGCCGCCGCUCCGCGUGCGGACGCGCUGCGUCAAUGGCUUGCCGGCUUUGACGUCGGCUGGGUGCUGGACAUGGACGAGCGACGAAGCCUCCCGCGGCGGGAGGUCGGGAGGAGGGUCAGGGCGUGGGCGCAGGCGCUGGGCACCAUGGAGCGCGUCUUCCGCCACCGGCACCGGGAGGUCCGCAGCCCGGUCAACGACGCCGCGGCGGCGGAGCUGGCGGCGCUGGGGCAGCUCGCGGCCGAGAGCGCCGGCGCGAUGCUGAGGCUGGCCGGCUCCGUGGCCGCGCUUGGGAGCUCCCCGUCGAAGCUGCUGGCGGCGCUCGACGUGCACGCCCCGGUCUCGGAGGCCUACCCCGGCCUCGCCAGGAUGUUCUCGUGGCCCCCCUCCCACCCCGUCUCGGCCGCGUCCGACGCCGCACUGGCCGGCCUGGUGGACGCGUCCCGGCGCUGCGUGCGCGACCUCAGGGCGUUCAUACGCGCGCCCCAGUACCCGUGGCGGAUGCCGCAGGGCGGCGAGGUGCACCCGUGCGUCGGCUUCUGGAUGGGCUACCUCCGCUGCAUGCUGCGCAACCGCGUGUCCCUCUACUUCGUCCUCGCCGGCGGCAACGCCGAUUCCGACUCGCCGCUCGCGCCCGACGAGGGCGGCCUGGUGACGGAGCUGAUCUCGUGCCUGGAGGCGGUGCUGGAGGAGAAGUCGGCCGCGCUCGCGUUCCCGGGGCUGAGGCACAUCUUCAUGCUGAACAACACGAGCGCCAUCCUGCGCCGCGCCGUGCGCUCCGACCUCAGCAUGCUCCUGCCGCCCGGCUGGGUGCUCGCCCGCGAGGAGCGCAUGGAAGGGUACAUCAAAGAUUACCUGCAGAUGUCCUGGGGACCCGUCGUGUCGCGCCUUGACGGGAAGCCGGGAGCCUUGAACGUCCUCCGGCGACGGAACCCGCUGAGCGCAUUUUACUUGGCUUUGGAGAACACGUGCAUCAUGCAGGGAGGCUGGAAGGUGCCCAGCCCGGCGCUGCGGGCCGCCCUCCGGAGAACUGUGUCGGGGAAUGUCGUGCCGGCGUACCGCCGGUACCUCGGCGACCACCCGGAGGUUGAGGUGCCGGCAGGGCGCACCGUGGAGGAGCUGGAGAAUCAGUUGUCGGAGCUGUUCGAAGGCUAGUAGAAUGAAAGCUUUGCACUGCAUCCAGUACCUGAAAUUCUGAACCAGAGACCAGCUUGUGCUGGCGCCUAUCCACUUGUAGCUCGAUUCAGAAAUUCUCAGUGUAAAAUAUUCACUUUUGCAGCAAAGAUAGAUGGUUAAACAGUACGAAUA